UGGCCCCCUGCAGUAGCGACGGGAGGCGGAGAGGCAGCAGAGGAGAAGCAACAACAGCAGAGUGGAGAGAGUGCGGUCACUCUUGCGUUGCGCUUGCGCCUGUUCCUCCUCUCCUCGCUUCUUCAGAUCCAAACCCUCCUCUUCUAAAAAAAAAAAAAAAGAGGAAAGGCCACCAAAACCCUAACCCUAAGCAUCCCAAUCCCCGAAUCCCCUGAAAACCCUAGCCCGAUCCCCCCCCCUCCGCCGCCGCCGCCAUGGCGGGGUCCUCCGGCGGCGCCACCUCAUCCUCCUCCCGUAGCAGCGUGGAGCGGUUCUACCUGCCGCCCCAUUCCCGCCGCCAGCAGCAGCAGCAGCAGCAGCAACAACAGCAGCAGCAGCGGCGGCUGCGGAGCCCCACCUCCCCUUCCCUGUCCCCGUCGCCGUCCCCGCGGUCGGCGAGGCACAAGGCUGCCGCCCCGCCGGCUCCGGUGGCCGCGGGCGUGCUGGCGGAUGGGGAUAGUCGUGUGGAUUCGGAUGACUCCUCGUCGACGUCGUCGAAGCCUUCCGUGGCAUCCACGGCCACUGCCACGACUGUGAAUGACGUGAAUGUGGCGGCUGUGGAGGAGGGUGGGAAUUUGGAGAGGUUUCUUACCUCCACCACUCCCUCCGUUCCCUUCCAAUACCUGCCUAAGACGAGCUUGAAAAUGUGGAGGACUGGUGAUUCUACAAAUGCAUCACCAUACUUCUGCCUUGAAGAUCUCUGGGAAUUUUUCAGAGAGUGGAGUGCUUUUGGAGCUGGUGUUCCCCUGUUGUUAAAUGGCAGCGACUCUGUAACACAGUAUUAUGUGCCAUAUCUUUCUGCUAUCCAGCUGUAUGCAGAUCCAUCAAGAUCUGCUUCAAGAACCAGGCGCCUUGGGGAUGAAAGUGAUGGGGAAUACCUGGAUGCUAGCAGUGAGAGUAGCAGUGAAACUGAUGUUGACCGAUUAAAAAUCUCAUCCGUGGAAGCUACACAUGGGAUGGCAAAUGGUAACUUGCAAACUGAUGAUGCUGAUGGCUAUACACCUGCAAGUUCUCCAAUAUUUCAGUAUUUGGAGAGGGAUCCCCCAUUUUGUAGAGAACCUCUGACAGAGAAAGUAUCAAUUCUUGCUAGUAGAUUUCCAGCUCUGAAGGCAUUCAAAAGCUGUGAUCUGCUGCCAUCCAGUUGGAUGUCUGUUGCAUGGUACCCCAUAUAUAGAAUUCCAACAGGACCGACGUUGGAAGACCUUGAUGCCUGUUUCUUGACAUUCCAUUGCCUAGCCACACCUUCUAAGGAUAGUGAUUCCAUUACACCUGCUUGCCCUGGUUUUGGUGGCAUCAGUCGCCGUGCCAAUGCUACCGGCAAACUAUCGUUGCCUGCCUUUGGGCUGGCAUCUUACAAACUUCGCAGCUCCAUCUGGGCAUCCGAUGGGACUCAAGGACAGCGCCACACCUCGCUGAUGGAGGAGGCUGGCAACUGGCUCAGCUGCGUACAAGUAGAGCAUCCGGAUUUCCGAUUUUUUGUCUCCCGUUCUGGUACGUGGAGAUAGACUGUAAAUGUUUGUUAGCAAAACAUUGCCGCCUGAAUUUCAGCCGCCUUGAGGCUUGAGAACAUCUGCCUGUGGCACAUAGAGUAUGAUGAUAUGUAUGCCCUCUUUGUGGCGAGGGUUGUAUCAGCCUACAUGCUAGCUUUUUCCUGUCUCCAAUAAGUCCUCUGGUCUAGCGGUGUAGGUGUAACCCUCUGUGGGUGAGUAAAGAUGGAAAGCAAAAUUGGAGACUUGUAGAACUUAAAAGAAGAGAAAAGAGCAAAAAAAGAAUAUAGAAUUCUUUGGUUAGAAUCAGACAA